UUGACAAGCUUAUACGCUAUGUGGAAAUGUUUCCUGCUGUUCUUGGCUGGAGUGUUCUCAUCUUCGGUCAUCUCAACUAUGUGUUUUUUAUCAGUGGUGCGAUCACGAGUAGCUGGGACUCCAGGGCAUUGUUGCUGAUCUUCCAUACACUUUUGGGUGGGAUGGUAUAUUGGUGCUAUGUGAUGGUCAUGUUCACCAAGCCGGGGCAGCCAUCAGUGGAUUUUAUUGUGAGCUCUCAAUACCACCUCGUUAAUCUGCGGUACGAGUUUGUCGCCCUGGCAGGUACUCUGCAGUACCCUCCGGAUUGCCCCUCAAUGACCCGAGAGGACAAUCUGGGUCUGCGGUACUGCCUCACCUGCAACAAUUUAAAACCGGAUCGCACACACCACUGCAACACCUGCCGGCAGUGUGUACUGCGCAUGGACCACCACUGCCCGUGGAUCGCCAACUGCGUGGGAUUUCGCAACCACAAGUUUUUCUUCCUGUUCUUGUCUUAUGGUACCAUGCUAGCGUUCUUCUAUACCUGCAGUACCGUGGUACCGUUUGUGAACUUCCUGGACGCGAGCAUACACCCGGACAAGGGUAUCUCGCCUGAUGCUGCGGCGGGUGGCUCGCCUGGGUUGAUGGGAUCUCAAUUCAUAUUCGGCAUCAUGUUCACAAUGGCUUUAAGUCUGAUGUCCCUUAUGCAUUUCUUCCUUAUUCGACGCAACGGCACCAGCCACGAACACCACCGGUUGCCGCGAUUCAUUGUGCCGAUAGCGAAGAAAAACGGCUUUGAUCUCGGCAGCAAAGAAAACUGGGAAAUGAUCAUGGGUGUAGAUCCCAAGUAUUGGUUUCUGCCCAUCAACACAACGAGAUUCAAUGGCCAGUCCUUCCCGGUGCGUGGCCCGGAUGAAGAAAUGGGAGAUCUGGAACACGGUAGUCUAUUAGCCAAGGAUCUCGACGACUUGAACGCGUCGGAUAAUGACAAUGAGUUCACCAGUGUCAGCCCUCGACCCGGGCACGCUUGACCGACGAAUGUACGACAAGGUGAAAUAUAGUAUAUAGAUGGGACGACAAUGGAAGCUUCGGAUACCCAUAGCCGGCAACUUGCAUGUGAAGAUAGACAGUUAGCGUUUGCUAGUUUCAACUUGCUUGUAACGAUAGACAGAUAGCGUUUUCUAGUUUAUUAGUCCCGCAGCGCCGUUGUGUUGUCGCACAUUGCCUGCACACUUUAUGCGAAUUCAGAGACAACCUCCCUGGAGCCACCUGUUCGUGCGCAAGCUUUUUAAGGCAUGUCGACAUGUAUUGGUUGAUUAGGAAAGACGAAGAGUGGUGAAAGGAUGUGCCUAGAAUGUGUUGAAGCAAGAAUGGUAUGCAAAUGGAAGGAAUUCGUUCAGGCGUAUACACUUAUACGAUAUGGGAAAGCUCGGUGUAUGUACUGCAGCACAACCUUAGAUCGAAUACUUGCAACACACUAGUGUAUUUGGCAAGGGCAUCUUUGAAUACCCUUGUGCAUUACAUGCAAUUUACCACACAUGGCCACUGAUACGCAAGUUAAAAUAAGAAUCUGCUAGUACUGUCGAGAAGAAACGUACCUCGAUAUGUUUUAUAUACAGGUGUUUUGCACACCUCCCAAUAGUUGCUUGAGGUUGAGCAACCUUCUGGCCGCGCAGAUAGGUAGAGCAGAAUCAAACAAACGAAGAUGAGAGUAAACACAUAAAAAUGGUUGUGGCCAUAGUAGAGAGGGCACAAUUUACUGUUGCCAAUAGCUUCUGAGCUGAUGGUGGGAAGAAGAUUUGCCGCCGCAUAUUGUCGCUCCGGUUGUAAGCGAAAAGCAAGUUCUGGACCGAGAUAAAUUGUGUUAAAAAUAUCCAAGCUGCUAGACGCCCCGAUACAUACACCGCACAAACACAUCCUACUCGAAGGAAUAAAAAGGGUAUGUGGUUAAUAGUUCAGAUCGUAGUUCAUAAUUCUGCGAAGAGAAAAAUAUAUGGACAAUACAAGUGUCGCUGAGAGUUGAACGAGAUAUCAGGAACAGCGUUUGUAGUGCUUCUUGUAUUUAAUUUUUCACUAUCAAGCAUAGUUC